AUUAUAUUAUCGCACACUCUUUCUCUUCCUUCCCUCCAUCGCCCUCAUCCCUGCCAUUCGCCCUUCCCACCACUGACUACCUCCGUUCAGCGCAGCCUGAUCCUCCGCUUACUCAUUCUACUUCUCAUUCCUGCACUUGAACUCGCUAUGUCUGCCCUCACGAACGACCAAAUUGAAGAGCUUAUCACUCAGUCGCUCGAAGCCAGGAACUUCUCGUACAGUCCCUACUCAAAGUUCCGAGUAGGCGCUGCCCUGCGCACCACAGAUGGCAAAAUCUAUCAAGGCUGCAAUGUUGAAAAUGCAUCGUAUGGAGGGGCGAUCUGCGCCGAACGAACCGCCUUUGUAAAAGCAGUUAGUGAGGGCCAUUUGCGAUUCGUGGCUCUUGCCGUGUCCUGUGACUUUAACCACUACAUCACGCCUUGUGGUAUUUGCAGACAAUUCAUGAACGAGUUUGGCAAGAACCUCGAGAUCUUCUUUGUGAACGACGACAGGACGUACAAGCGUUCUGUCCUGACGGAUCUGUUGCCAUACGCGUUUGGUCCUGAAGAUCUCCCUAGCAAGUGAUUCCGAGCGCGAAAGAUCUUGCCGUUGCUUGAGAUUGAAUCCAAACAUCUCCAAAUAAAAUCUGAGAGCGACCUUUGACACUAAAGAUGUGUUUUAAAGGCCGUACUUCAUUGAUGUUUAUGUUAACGACGACCAC